AUGUCGGAGAGCCGGAGAAAAGAUGCUGCGCAAAACGGUGCAGAGCCACACGUGGCCAGACCAAAUGUUGGCAACAGGGUGACUGUAGUGCUAGGGGCUCAAUGGGGCGACGAGGGCAAAGGGAAAGUUGUGGACCUACUCGCUCAGGACGCCGAUAUUGUUUGCAGAUGCCAGGGUGGUAACAAUGCAGGACACACGGUGGUGGUGGACUCUGUGGAGUAUGACUUCCACCUUCUACCCAGCGGCAUUAUCAACCCCAAGGUCACUGCUUUCAUUGGUAACGGGGUAGUGAUCCACCUGCCUGGCCUCUUUGAGGAGGCUGAGAAGAAUGUGGGCAAAGGUCUGGUGGGCUGGGACAAGAGGCUGAUCAUUUCAGACCGAGCACACAUUGUGUUUGAUUUCCAUCAAGCGGUCGAUGGUGUGCAAGAGCAGCAGAGACAAGAGCAAGCGGGCAAGAACCUCGGAACAACAAAAAAGGGGAUUGGCCCGGUGUACUCAGCCAAAGCAGCCCGCAGCGGCCUCCGGAUAUGUGACCUCAUGUCUGACUUCACGCUGUUCUCUGAAAGAUUUAAAGUCUUAGCCUCGCAGUAUCAGUCUAUGUACCCGACCCUGGUGAUUGACAUCGAUGGAGAGUUGUCCAAGUUGAAGGUCAGAUGCAGGUCCUCCAUAUCAGUUGAAUAA